UCACUGAUCCACCGGAGAUGCCCCCGGUGCCCUCACCCGUCUGGCUUCUGACCGUCUACAGCCAUGACGUGCUAUCGCGGCUGGACGAGGUGAAGGCCAGGGUCACCUCCGUCUUUGGGUCCAUCUUAAAGAUGGACUCUACCAAGAAGGUGACUAAAAAGCUUGUGGGUACCGCUGCAGACACGGCCGCCUGGGUUACCAACGUCGGUAACGAGCAUGGGCAGGUCCUCGUCAGUGUCCUCACUGCCGGUGAGGGCGAGGGCCUGCUCCCAUGGCGGCUGGUCUCAUGGAACGGUACCGGCUCGCCGGGGUGGCGCCCCCCAAGCUCAUGUACGUGGACCGAGACUGCUGCUCCAGCUUCGGCGGAUCAAAGACAGGUGCCAUGUACAAUGACUGGGACCAGCUGGUGGUUCGGCUGGACAUCUGGCACCUGAUGCGGCGGUUCGCGUCAGGUGUCACCACUGAGAGCCACCAGCUCUACGGUCCCUUCAUGCGGCAGCUGUCAGCCUGCAUCUUUGAGUGGGAUGCAGGCGAUGUCUGCCGACUGCUGGAGGCCAAGAGGUCUGAGCUGGAGGGGAAGCACGGGAUGGUCGGCCUCACCGAGGCAGAGGUUUCGAAGAAAAUCGGCAGGAAGGAGAUUGCGCUUCACUGCCGGCGUCGUACGCGUGGAGCUGCGGCGACCGAAGUCCUUCUCCUUGACCUCCUCGAGACCUUCAACAGCGAGAAGGGGGUCGACACCCUGGGCAUCCCGUUGCUGGACUCCAUCCGCAUUCAGGCGAUCUGGAAAGAGCAGAGGCGCCACCUCCACUGCAUACAGGACCCACCCGGUGUACAGCUGUACACCAAGACCGGCAAAAUCACCAAGGGCGGCGUGAUGUUGCCGGUUUAUCGCUGCGCACGGGGCUCCACAUCCUUGGAGUCAUUCCAUCUCCACCUCAACCGGUUCAUCCCAGGUACCAGGGCAAAUGCAAUGCAUUUCCAGGCAUUCCUGUUGGAUGGACUGAUGAGGUGGAACGAGGACCGUGCGCAGGCAGCAGUGGAGGGGAAGAACAGGAAGCCCCUGCUCUCCUACAGUGGCCACCUGCAGCACAUCCUUAACCUUAGCAGCCAAAUUGUGCUUGGCAAGGAACAGGUUAAGGACUACUCCAAGCCUAGCGAGUACACAGGGGAACUCCUCGGAGUGGAGUACCUGUACUCGCAGACUGGCAGAGUGCUGCAGGAUGUCAGCGGGGACCCUGACCUUCCGGAAGAGGCAGCCGCCGUCGAGCAGCUCGACGAGGAGGACGAGGGCUUUCAGGAGGAGGAUGUAGACCAGACAGUCCACAUCCCCCAUGUCACGCCUAUGAGCGCCCCGUCCUCCAGCUCAGCAGCACCUCUGUCAGGGGGACCUGCUGACGCACCCAGGUCUGGGCCAUCCAGUCCCACCGCCCCUGAAGACGGAAGCUCUCCUGAGGCCCCUGGUCGACACAGUUCUCCUCACCCUGAACACUCCUCUGAUUCAGAGGAGGAGACUAAAGGUCCUGAUGCAAUGCCAGGCUACCAGCAUGUCCGCAGGCUUGCCAGGGCCUUGGUGGGGGUGAGGAACCGUCAGGGGUUGUCGGACCGCAGGGUAGACGGUCUGGUGGCACUGUGGCUGGUGCUGCCAGACUUCGACAAACAGCGCUUGAUCUACCCUGCCCGACACCAGGAGAGGAUCGUUCAGGGGCGGUUCAAAGCAACGAAGGGGAAGUCGUCCAUUAUCCUAGGAAAAGACUCUCUCCAACGUUGCCUUCUCGGACUCAACUCGGGCCCUGCAAAUUGGCCGGGCACCAGCCGUUUGGUGGAGGCCAUUUGCAGUCAGCUCUGUCAAAUCCAUCCCAGUGCCACGCAGUCUGCCGGCGUCAAGAAGAGCAGGUGGGCGCUCAUUCUGGCAGACUACGUGGGCAUCAGGGAGGCAGUGCUGAACAGCCCGAGGUUGAUGGCCCAGACCAACCUUCAGCUCUUUGAGCUGAAUCAAAGGACCAUUAGUCAGUGGUUUUCCCGGCGUCAGAAGGAGAGGGAGAGGAUGGUGCUGCAGCAGGGAAUGGGGCUCGCUGCUGCCCCCAGCGUCACCACCCAGCCCCUCCCUGCAGCCAAGCCCCUCCACUUCAAGCAGGAGGGAAUCAGGGCACCCUUCCUUUUCCCUACGCCACCCUCCCCCCCGGUCCCACGCCAAACCAUCCAGCAAGGAGAGCCCGCUCACGUGCCCAUUCUGCCAGCCCACCUGGAGCAACAACCCCCCGCACUUCCCGGCCCCUCCCCAGCCCAAGGACCACAGACGGGCUGCUCUUCACCUACAGUGUCAAGGACAACGGCUUGGAGGAGGAGGAAGAGGAUGGCGGCGGACACAGAGGAGGGGACAGCCGGGAAGAGAAGGCAAAGUGAGCAUUACGUCUGCUCCAAAUGCGGAUUGCCGAAGCGCCGGGAGACGGGCCACAGCCACUUCGGCGGCGUGGGGUUCUGCUCUGUUGCUGCUGGGGGUAAGGACGUGGCCCAGUGGCUGGCGGAAAUGAAGGACGCUAAGGGGCGAGGUGAAGGACACUGAGCCACUGGCUGGGUGGUCGGACGUUUUUAUUUGUAAAUAGUUCACUGUUCCCCUCUACCUGGACCGAGACCUUGAGCGCGGUGUAGAGGCUUGUGUGUGUUGAGGACCCUCAGAGCUAUAUUGUCUGUAGUCUAUAAGACUACUGGUAGGGUAACCCAUGGUAGGCAGUUCUGAGGCGAGACACCAGACUAACAUCGGUCUGUUCCCAAACAAAAUCCUGUAAAAAAAAAAUAAGAGGAUAGACAUUAAAAUAUACAAAUAUAAAUCAAACAUGAUUUAUCAACACAUCUUCAGGUGAAAACUCAACUUCUUGGUAGACUAGAUUACCUUUUGCAAACAUUUCUGUCCACAUUUCACUAUGGAGAUUGCUUACAUUUAUUUAAUGUUUAUUGGAUUUACAUUGCAAUAAUUAUCUUGCAUUUCAUCCUGUUUCCCUAUGUAUAUUCUGGUUCAUCAUUAAAACUCCUAGACUGGG